CAGUCGAGUGGCUAGACCUCCAUUCGUUGGACACGACCGAACACCUGGAACCGUACCGAAAGAAUCGAGCGCAAAGAAAUCAAUUGGUUUACACUAACUCGUGAAAAAGGUAUUGGAUAUUGGAUAUUGAAGAGCGCUGAUUACGUCAUAACAGCCACCGUUAGCCGAAUGUCUGAGUACGACUUGACGAGGAAGAUAAGUGGUUUUCUGGAUAAACAUUUGACUUUACCACUGUUAGAAUACAUAUGUGUCAAAAAUAUAUAUGAUGAAGAAAGUAUUCUGAAGACCAAAUGGGAAGUUCUUUUAGGAACUUCUAUGGUUGAUUAUGCUGCAGACACGUACAGAAGUAUAUACGAGACAGAUCCUCCACAAGGGUUACUUGAAAAGCGAGAGAAAGUACUUGAAAGUAUUCAAGAAAUGGAGGUUAAGUUAAUGCCAGUGAAGGUAAUAUUUAGUCAAGAAACAAUGAAGGAGGUUGCUCAAUGUAAAAACGCCAAGGAUCUAUUGACUAGUCUGGAAACUAAAUACAACUUUAAGACUGAGAUGUUGAAUGACAUGUUCGAAGCUGCACGCGUGUUUUAUGAUGCUGGGAAUUACAACGCAGCAUCGGAAUAUCUAAAAAUAGUCCGCCAGCUUGUAACCCCUGGGACACAAAGGCAUUUAGAUGCCAGUUGGGGCCGCCUAGCUAGCGAAAUUUUAGUUCAAAACUGGGACGAGGCAUUGGAAGAUUUGGAAAAGUUAAAGGAUGCCAUAGAUUUUCAAAAUGAAGACAGACCUGCGUCUCGCACGUACCUGAUACAACUACAACAGCGCACUUGGAUGUUGCACUGGUCACUUUUUGUUUUCUUCAAUCAUCCACAAGGCAAAGAGAAGUUGAUUGAAUGGUUUAUGCAGAAUGCAACUCAUUUGAACGCUAUUCAAACGUUAGCACCGCAUUUAUUGAGAUAUCUCACUGUGUGCGUGAUCACUAGUACUGAUAAAAAGAAAAAGAAUCUCAUACGAGACUUAAAGUAUCUCAUUCAACAAGAAAGUUAUUCUUAUCGUGAUCCAGUUACUGAAUUCUUUGAAUGCUUAUUUGUGAAAUUUGAUUUUGAUGGCGCACAACAAAAACUUCGAGUUUGUGAAACUGUUUUACCGAAUGAUUUCUUCCUAACCGGAUGUUACGAUGAAUUUAUGGAGAAUGCUCGUUUACUGAUGUUUGAAUCAUUCUGUCGAAUACAUCAUAGUGUUGGAAUAAGUGUACUUGCUGAAAAAUUGAACAUGGAUGUGGAUGAUGCAGAAAAAUGGAUUGUAAAUCUAAUACGUAACGCUCGUAUGGAUGCAAAGAUUGAUUCACAAAAGGGUGUUAUUGUAAUGGGAACACAAAAUGUUUCACCAUAUCAACAAGUUAUUGAACGAACUAAAAGUAGUGGAACAUGUGCUCAUAAAUUGUUGGAAAGAUUACGUUGGGAGAAAUCGAUCGAUACAGAACUGUGGACCUCGUCAAAUCUACACGUUUGUUAAUUGUUGUUAAAAAGUUUUGGUAAAUUUCUAUUAAACGCUAUCAAUUAACCAUCAAUUUCAUUGUCAAGUAUAUCCAUAUGUCUUUACUGGCGUAUAUGUACCGUUUUAUUUCCUCCAUUGUACUUGUGAGAUUCAUUCAUUUUCACAAAUCACAAUACAAUUCUGUCUUUUUUAUUAUUAUUUUGG